UCCGAUUGCGAUUGAGUUUAUACUCUUAACCUAGCGCUCACCGCUCAUAUCACACCUUAACAUUACAUCAAACUCAUCGCCUUUCGUUCCUUUAAUUUUAAUAUUUUUCACAUAAUAAUUAUACUACUGGUAGUUAUAAGAAAAGGAGGAAAGAGAGAGAGAGAGAGAGCGUUGGUUUGCAUACUGUCAAAAAUCCAUUUCGUCUUUUGCUUCAUAUUAUUCGGAGAGAGAGCAAAGCAGAGAAGAGAAAGCCAGAGACAGAGACAGAGGCAGAGAGAGAGGACCUUAUCUUAGGGCUGCCUGCAAAAGACAUUUAACGCAAAAGGCGAAAGGGAAAAUACUAGAGCCGAGAGAAAAUCUUCUCAAAAAGAUUAAAAGGAGAGCACGCACACUCACACAGAGAACAGAGAAAUUCUUCUCCUCCCUUUUCCCUCUCUCUGUUUAUUAAGACGACAACGUUAGAGAGCUUUGUCCCUUCACAUGGAUUUAGAUUUUCAAAUAUUUUCUUUUUCUCUAGGGUUUGUUAUUCAUCAUCGGCAGCAGCAGAAAUAUCAACCAAAAUAACACUCGGCGUUUGUUCUUUUGGAGUUUCAAGAGAAGAAAAACAAUUCUCUAAUUGAUUUUGAUAGCUUAAAUAAUCCAGGUUAUAAAGUUAGAAAAUUAAAUAAUAAUAAUAAUAGAAAAAGAGAGUAGAGGAUGCAUCACUGCGUUCCCGAUUUCGAAAUGGGAGACGAUUACUCAAUCCCUUCUUCUUCUAGUUUAACUCGCCCCAAAAAACCUCCCAUGCCAGAAGAUGAAAUCAUGGAGCUGUUAUGGCAAAACGGUCAAGUUGUUGUGCAGAGUCAAAACCAAAGAUCUUUCAAGAAAUCACCGCCGUUCAAAUUCCACGACGCCGAUCAAUCAGCUCCGAAGGAGAUCCGAUCAUCUUCAUCUCAUCAUCAACAUCAUCAGCAACAGCAGCAGCAAUCGAUUACCGAUCAUCUCUUCAUGCAAGAAGAUGAAAUGGCUUCAUGGCUUCACUAUCCUCUCAACGACGCCAACUUCGACCACGAUUUCUGCGCUGAUCUCCUCUAUCCUUCUUCUUCCGCCGCCGCCGCCACUCCUUGCAUCACCUCCACCGCCACCGCCGCUCCUCCUCCACUCGGAAGAGUUUCUCAAGUUUCGGCUUCGGCUUCUGCUUCGGCGGCGGCGGCGGCGUCAGCUCCUAGGCCGGCGAUACCACCGGCGAGGAGGAAUGGGUCGGAGCCGACGAGGACCAAGAACUUCGUUCACUUCUCGAGGCAUAAAACUGCGACGGUGGAGCAAUCUGGACCGUCUAAUUCGAAGAGUGUAGUGAGGGAAUCGACGGUCGUUGACUCGAGCGAUACUCCGGCGAUGGCUCCAGAGUCGAGAGCCUCUCAGGCUGUGCCGAGCAACACCGAGGCAGCAUCUGGCGGGAACAACAACAAUGCAUGCGCCACCGUGAGCGCCGCUGCAGUUGCCAGCAGGCAAUCAGCUGGCGUCAGUGUAGGUGCCACCAAAGACAAUUUGGCCACGUGCGAGGUCACAGUAACGUCAUCGCCAGGCGGCUCCAGUGCCAGCGCGGAGCAGGCGACUCAAAAGGCUGCGCCGGCUGAGGACCGCAAGCGUAAAGGAAUAGAACCGGACGACGCCGAAUGUCACAGCGAGGAUGCUGAGUUUGAAUCCGCUGACAUAAAGAAACAAACACGUGGAUCCACAUCUACAAAAAGGUCUCGUGCUGCGGAGGUCCAUAACCUCUCAGAGAGGAGACGCAGAGAUAGGAUAAAUGAAAAGAUGAGGGCUUUGCAAGAACUUAUACCUCGUUGCAACAAGUCAGACAAAGCUUCAAUGCUGGAUGAAGCAAUUGAAUACCUGAAGUCACUUCAGUUGCAAGUUCAGAUGAUGUCCAUGGGUUGUGGCAUGGUCCCAAUGAUGUUUCCUGGAGUUCAGCAGUACAUGCCAACAAUGGGAAUGGGAAUUGGAAUGGGCAUGGGCAUGGAUAUGGGAAUAAGUCGGCCAAUGCUGCCAUUUCCCAACGUUUUAGCCGGUUCAGUGUUACCAACACCAGCUGCUGCAGCUCAUUUGGGUCCAAGGUUUCCUCUGCCGGCCUUUCAUAUGCCACCACCAGUUCCACCUCCUGAUCCAUCAAGAAUCCAACCAAACAAUCAGUCAGAAGCCAUGCUAAACACGCUUGGCAUGCAAAAUCCAACCCAGCCACGGGCUCCAAAUUUUGCUGAUCCUUAUCAGCAAUAUCUUGGUCUUCAACAGAUGCAAUUACCCCCACUCCAGAGUCAAGGAAUGGCCCAGCCAAGUUCCCGUAAACCAAGUAGCAGUAGGGGAGCUGAGAAUCUUAAAAAUCACCCAUCAGGUAGGUCCAUUAUUUUCUAGUUCCACAUUAUUACAAGAUGGCUAUUUACAAGAGUAUGCUUAUAAGAAAUGAGAAGACAGUACAUGCCAUGCCAUGACCGCCACUAAUCAUUUGCGCAUGCAUGUGCAGUCUUGAGCAUUUGACAUGAAAAGAAGCCAACUUUCAAACCAUAUUCUCUGGUUCCACUUUGACUGACAUGGUCUUACCAAUUAGAUAGAAGUCCACUUUUACAAUGGAAUCAAGUUAAACUGUGAUGAGCCAUGUCAGUUCCAAGGAGGAUUGGGACAUAUUCAUUAGCACUUAAUUAGAAGUUCACUUAUUGCCUGAUCACGUGUGGUUUCUAAU